CUGCCGUCCGUUGCAGUUAAAAGUGCUCAAUAUGAGAAGUGCACUUUUUGUCUUGGCGCUUUGCGUUGUGGCAGUAGCCACCGCAACAGCUGACACCCAUGAGCGUAAUGUUCGUGCGGCUGAUGGAUACUUCUAUCCUACUCCUGCGGUGCCGUUUGAGUUGCCGAAGCGCACUACACUACCACCGCCCACCAGGCCACCAACUCGUCCACCUGUGACUACCACUACUCGCAGGCCACCACCUCCGACUACCAGGGCUCCCGUUCGCACGACUCCAGCUCCAACCUACUUGCCUCCUACCAACAAGCCACUGCCUCCAGUGACUACCCGCAAGCCAACGCCACCACCGACUAGGUAUACUCCACCACCAACCCAGCCUCCAACCUACUUGCCUCCUACCAACAAGCCACUGCCUCCAGUGACAACCCGCAAGCCAACGCCAGCUCCUACCUACUUGCCUCCUACCAACAAGCCACUGCCUCCAGUGACUACCCGCAAGCCAACGCCACCACCGACUAGGUAUACUCCACCACCAACCCAGCGCACGGUGGCAACUACCAGGGCUACCAUUCGUACGACGCCAGCUCCAACCUACUUGCCUCCUACCAACAAGCCACUGCCUCCAGUGACAACACGCAAGCCAACGCCAGCUCCUACCUACUUGCCUCCUACCAACAAGCCACUGCCUCCAGUGACUACCCGCAAGCCAACGCCACCACCGACUAGGUAUACUCCACCACCAACUCAGCGUACUGUGCCGACAACCAGGGCUACCGUUCGUACGACUCCAGCGCCAACCUACUUGCCACCAACCAACAAGCCACUGCCCCCAGUGACCACUACUCGCAAGCCAGCACCACCAACGACAAGGGCUACUAUUCGUACAACUCGUGCAACUAUUCGCCCAUCAAGCACACCUGCACCAACGUAUCUGCCUCCUACAAAUAAGCCACAGCCACCUGUCACCCGUAAACCUACCCCACCCCCAACUCGGGCUACCCCACCACCAACUCGGGCUACUCGUCCACCAACCCCACCACCAACGUACUUGCCUCCAGUGACCACGACCCGCAGGCCACCACCCCCUCCGACUACCAGAGCUCCAGUCCGUACGACUCCCGCUCCCACCUACCUGCCACCCACGAACAAGCCACAACCACCUGUGUACACAACGACUCGUAGACCACCACCACCACCACCAACUACUCGUAAACCAACCCCACCACCAACUCGUGCAACACGCCCACCAACCCCACCACCGACGUACUUGCCUCCAGUGACCACGACCCGUAGGCCACCACCCCCACCAACCACUAGGGCUACCGUACGUACUACUCGCGCGACCGUCCGCCCAACAAGUACGCCAGCACCUACUUACUUGCCUCCCACAAACAAGCCACAGCCUCCUGUAACGAUUAGGCCUACUACCCGACCACCGACUCGGGCUACUCCACCCCCAACUCGGGCAACACCACCACCAACUCGGGCUACCCCACCACCAACUCGGGCUACACCACCACCAACUUACUUGCCUCCAGUGACCACCACCCGUAGGCCACCACCCCCACCAACCACUAGGGCUACCGUCCGUACUACUCGCGCGACCGUCCGCCCCACAAGUACGCCAGCACCUACUUACUUGCCUCCCACAAACAAGCCACAGCCUCCUGCUACGACUAGGGCUACAACCCGACCACCGACUCGUGCUACUCCACCCCCAACUAAGUACACCCCACCCCCAACUCGGGCUACCCCACCACCAACUCGCGCUACUCGUCCACCAACCCCACCACCAACGUACUUGCCUCCAGUGACCACUACACGCAGACCACCACCCCCUCCGACUACCAGAGCUCCAGUCCGUACGACUCCCGCUCCCACGUACCUGCCACCCACGAACAAGCCACAACCACCUGUGUACACAACGACUCGUAGACCACCACCACCACCCACUUAUACUACCGCACGCCCUACUUACCGCACAACUCCAGCUCCAACCUACUUGCCACCAACCAACAAGCCACUGCCCCCAGUGACCACUACUCGCAAAAUUCCUCCACCACCACCACCAACGACUCGUAGGCCAACACCCCCACCAACCAGGGCCACACCCCCACCAACCUACCUGCCGCCCGUGACCACUCAGAGGAUAACCACACGUGCUACUCAACGUACGGUGCCGACAACCCGUAGAACCACUCCGUACAUCCCACCUCCGACAAGGGCUAGCGUGCCACCAGCGACGACCAAACAUCAGGGCUACCAAUAUCCAAGGCCCAACAUUCCCUUUGACUUCUAAGCACCCGUU